UUUUUUAAUACAAUACAUAAUUGUUAUCUAUAAAGAGAGGAAGUAAAAGAGGAGUGGUGGUUUUGUUGACAUUUCGACCCGGAUCCGACAUUGUCGGACCCACCUACCUCAAUCACCCGCCGCCAUUCCUUCUUGGAACCUCCCUCCCCUCCUUCUCUUUGUCCUCCAGUUCGUGGUCAGAGUGGCGAGGGAGAUCGAUUCUUUCUGCAAAACCAAGGCUUUAUCUUCUAUAUAUAGUUGCUAAUCACCAGCUUGACUUGAGAUUAGAUGCUUGGACGCUAGGUUGUUUUACCAAUUUAGGAGUUUUUUCCGCAGCCUGACUCCUUCAUCUCUCAACAAAUUUGAUUGUAUGCUUGUUUACAUAUGUUCACAUACUGUACGUUGAGUUGCUAAAAGACUGUUGAGUGGGCUAGCACUGUGGCUGGAUAAUCAGCACUGCCUAGUUAAGAAAUUGAUUGUAUAAUUAGGUAGCUAGAAUGGGCAGCUGCGUAUCAACACCACCAAAAAAGAUUAAAUUACAUAAAAGGCGCCAUCGCAAGGGCAGACAUCUUGUGAAGAUAUCUAACACUGUCCAGGAUGGAGCUACCAGGUGCAGAAAAUCUGGAGUCUCCAAUUCGACAUUCCAUCUCACCCAGUUGCAAUGGCACCUCAGUCAAGUAGACUCUGAUGUAAUCCAAGAGGAACCAUGGUUUGAUACAGUCAGUAUUCUGGAGUCAGAUUCUGAUGAUGAAUUCUGCAGUGUGCUUGGAGACCGCUUUUCAUCAGUGGGUUCUACAACUGGGAACAUCUCAAGCGGACAAGUGCUUCAAUAUGAAAGCUCUUCAUGUUUUGUGGAUGGCAGUUAUAAGUAUGAAGAAUACCAUGAAAGUUAUAUGAAAAUAGAUGGAUCAAAAACAGGAAAAGAUGAAUACAAGGAAUCCAAAGGAUUUGCAGUUAUUAGCGCUCAGGGUUAUGAUAUUUCACAUUUUAGUAAAGCUGAUGAAAUUCGGAGGAAGAAAUUAUUAAAUAAUUCCUACGGAAGCUUCAAAGGUCUAAAAGAGGAUAGACGUGACUCUCAGGAGAAUAACUUGAAGUCCGGUCGAUCUCGAUUGGUUCCUUCUGUAAGUUUCAAUGACAAGAUUUUAUCUGCUUCAGCUCCAAAAGGGAAGCUAGCAGUUUUUAGGCUUUCUUUUAAGAGGAAAUCAGGUGAUGGAGAAGAAGCUAGUGAACACUGUCCAUCAAAAAGAUUCUUGUACUGUCCUAAAGCAGGAUUUGUUAUUCCACGUGCCACGGGAGAGAAGCCAACUGCAGGAUGUUGGUCUGAGAUUCCACCCUCAAAUUUCAAACUUCGUGGCCUGACCUAUUUCAAAGAUAAGCAGAAGUGCCCUGCUCCAAUUCACUGUCCAUACACUCCAAUUGGUGUUGAUGUAUUUGUCUGCCCAAGAAAGAUAAAUCACAUAGCUCAACAACUUGAUCUUCCAAACUUAAAAUCAGAUGGGAAACUCCCUCCUAUGUUAAUAGUAAAUAUUCAGAUGCCAACCUAUCCUGCUGCAAUGUUCCUUGGUGAUACUAAUGGGGAAGGGAUGAGUCUUGUACUGUACUUCAAGGUUUCUGAAAACUUGGAGAAAGACAUUUCUUCUCAAUAUCAAGACAAUAUCAAGAAAUUGAUCGAGGAUGAGAUGGAAAAGGUCAGAGGUUUUGCAAAAGACUCAACUGUUCCAUAUAGAGAAAGGCUAAAGAUCAUGACUGGGUUGGUUAAUCCUGAAGAUCUCAAUUUGAGUUCUACUGAAAGAAAGCUUGUUAAUGCUUAUAAUGAAAAGCCAGUUCUUUCUCGUCCACAGCAUGAAUUUUUCAAGGGUCCUAAUUACUUUGAGAUUGAUCUGGAUAUCCAUCGCUUCAGCUACAUAUCAAGAAAGGGACUUGAAUCAUUUCGAGACCGUCUGAGGAAUGGAAUACUUGAUCUGGGCCUAACUAUCCAGGCACAGAAACAAGAAGAACUUCCGGAGCAAGUGUUGUGCUGUCUGAGAUUGAACAGAAUUGAUUUUGUGGAUCGUGGUCAACUGCCGAGGCUUAUGACCCUUGAUGAUGACUAAUAUGGAUAUAUUCCUGCAUAUACCAAUGCUCAAUCAUGGAAGGAGUUGAAACUCCUUUAUCUCUAAUAAUGAAAAAGGUGAAAUAUGUUUAUUACGUGAUGCACAAGUAAAUAAUGAAAAUACAAAUGUUCUUGUAAUAAUUUUGUGUUUAUAUUUUUGGAUAA